GGCUCGGGUUCCCGGAGCUCCGCCUCCACUCGGUAAGCAUCGACCCUCUCCUGCUGCCGCUGCUGCUCCUGGCCCCGGAGCCCGCCGCGGCCCGACAACGUGGGGCUUGCCCCCGGGGACACGCAACAAGACAAGUUUUACAGCGUGUGUGAAAGUCCAGGCAGGAACAUAAUGGCUUUACUGCCGUAUGAUGGUGCCAUGAUACCAGGACUCCGGAAAUUCCAUGAAGCAUCAGCAACUUUUCACUAUGCCAAGAGAGAUAUAGUGAUCAGACAGAACUGGAAUCAGCUUGGGGUAGCAGCGGUUGUGUGGGAUGCAGCCAUUGUACUUUGCACAUAUCUUGAACUGGGAACAAUCCAGCUACGAGACCGUACUGUGAUAGAGCUGGGAGCAGGUACAGGAUUAGUCGGAAUAGUUGCAGCACUCCUAGGUGCUGAUGUAACAGUCACUGACAGGGAAGUGGCGUUACAGUUCCUGGAGUCUAACCUCCGAGAAAACAUCCCCCCUGACCUGCGGACCAGGGCACGGGCCAGGGAGCUGAGUUGGGGGGUGAACCUGCACCAGUAUGACGCAGGCAGCUAUGAUGUGGUCCUAGGGGCAGAUGUGGUUUACCUGGAGGAGACCUUCCCGGCCCUGCUGGAGACUUUGGAAUAUCUCAGCUCCGAGCAGACUAUGAUCCUGCUGUCCUGCCGCAUCCGCUAUGAGCGAGACCAGAACUUCCUGAAGAUGCUUGGGAGUCGCUUCACGGUGGAAAAAGUCUAUUACGAUACUGAGAAAGAUGUUCAUGUUUACAAGGCACAGAAAAGAAUGGUGAAGGAAGAUCUUUAACCAGAAUGUAACUAAUAUUAGAUUUACUUAGGAAGAGGAGGAGGAGGAGGCCAUUCUCAGUUUUGAAAUUUCAAUUGACCACCAACCUCAACCGUUUUUGAAGGAAAGAGUUCCAUACUUUCAUUGCCUUUUUGUGUGAAGAAGUGUUUUUUGACAUCAUCCCUCAAUGGCCUGUCUCUAAUUUUAGGGUUAUGGCCUCUUGUUCUGAACUUGCUUACCAAUAUGUUCUCUCUAUCUACCCUAUCAAAUCCUUUUUAAUCAGCCCAACUAUGUCAUCUUCUUUGCUUAAGGGAAUACUAGCCACGUCUUUGCAACCUGCCCUCAUAAUUUAAUCCACUUACUUCUGGUAAAUCUGUGCUGUACCGCCUCCAAGGCCUGUCUAUUCUUUCUGAGGUGCAGUUCCUAGAAGUGAACACAGUACUCCAGAGGCAGUCUAACCAGAGCUCUCCACAGCUGUAAAAUAAUUUCCACCCUUUUGUAUUCCAGCCCUCUUGAGAUAAUUGCCAACAUUCCAUUAGCUUUUUGCAGUUUUUUUGUAUCUAUCCACUAGCUUUUAGUGGUUUUUGUACUUGGACUCCUAAAUCUCUCUGCCCCACCCUAGUUCCCGCUAUUUAGAAAAAAAUCUGCUCUAUCUUUCUUAGGUCCAAACUGGAUGACACCACACUUCUGAGAUCUAGUCUCAACAUUUGCGUCCAAGGAGGUCCACUGGAGCAAGCCUAAUAAAGAAAUAAUUAUGUUUAACAUGA